AUGUGUACCUAUCGGCUCAAAGCACGUAACAGACCUCGCAAACCGAAAACGCCUGUACUGACAGAAAUCUCCAACUCUGAAACCCCCGAGGAUUCUCAAGGUGAUAGCGUGUAUCCAGCCUCUAUCGCAGCUUCCAACGGUGGGGGCGAGUCUGGGACUCAUGAACAGCUUGUUUACGGUCCGACGUCAACUUUUGCAUUUCUACAGACUUUACAUGAUGAGCUGAUUCAUAGGCGUAUCCUUGAAUCCAAAAAUAAAGCUCAAAGUUUAGAUGCCUUUACUAAAAGAACUAUCUUCUUUGGUCUACCAUCAAGAGUCGACCCGCUCUCACUUCCCUCAGAACAACGAAUGGAAGACAUUCUUCUGAAGUCUACCGCCAUAGAAUUCUUACAAGCUUUCGAAAAAUACUCUUCCCAUGCUUUGCCGUUUAUAAAAGUCGAUAAAAAUCAGAUGUUGUUGGAUAGCCUCUACAACGCUGGAGCUGACAAUGCGUCAAUGUCACAAGACAAAGCUCGACUGCUUAUGAUACUCGCCAUCGGCGCACUCAGCACCUCUGAAACCGACACGGCAGAGACAAUCUUGAUACAUGCUAAGCGUGAAGUCGUCCUGUUUGGCGAUGUCGCAACAUUGCCAAUGGUUCAGUUCUGUCUCUUGAUGUCGGAAUAUCACCUGAACAUGGGCCGCCCUAAUGGUGCAUACUUGCAAGUUUGUUCGGCUUGCACCAGAGCUAUGUCUAUGGGUCUACAUAGUCAGGUUGGGGUUGAUGCAGUUGGGGAGGACUUGCAGCUGCGCUUGACUACAUUCUGGGCACUGUACUUUCAGCAAACAUGGAUCUGCUUCAUCGUUGGAAGAAAGGGAAUCAUUAAAAGGUCUGAUAUCUCCUGCCAGCACCCAGAUGAUCAACCCAUGCUCGUUGAUCUUUGCAAUCUGGCAGCUAUCCAGGAAGAGUCAACAUCAUGUCCGAACGGGCGAAGAUACUGCUUGCUAUCCCAGAUAUGUGCCACAGACGCCGCAGAAGACUCGAUUGUGCUCACCCACCAGAUCUUCAAAAGUGUAGAUACCAAAGGGAUUAUCGAUGCCGUCGAAAGAUACAUAUAUGGGCCACUUAGUCGUGAAAUGGAUGGUCCAUCCUCGCAUGCAGCUAUUAGCCAGCUUCCAAACUCCGAUCAAGCACGAGGAAGGUCUGAAUCGUUGCCCUGGGACGAUACCAUGGAUGUUGCUUCAAGCUCUAUAGCUGGUGGUGUGGAUUGCAUGUUUACGGGCUUCUUGGAUCUUCUCCCUUUGGACCGUUCAUUCGUGCAGCUGGCCGAAGAGGGGACUGAUAUGGUGACAUAA